UCAGUUCUGGCUAAACCUAGAAGCUAGAGUUUGAUUUGGUAAUGAAAUAGUGAACCAUGGCUUUGUGGAAGGGUAUGGAUUCAGGAGAAGCCAUAGAAGGUGCUGUGAAAUCAAUAGGGAUGGGUUACGAUCUCUGCAACUCUUUGAGGCUAAGACACUGCAAGAAGCAGAGAUUGAUAACAGGCAUUGAAGAAAAUGAUGAACACGAUGAGCUUCGAAGCGUUGAGGUUGCUCGUCGUGUUUUAAUUCCAAAUGUUCCGAAAUCCAUCAAGUGUGAUAAAGGUGAUCGCACCAGAUUGUGUUCCGAUGUUCUCUCUUUUCAGCAGAUGUCAGAGCAGUUCAACCAAGAUCUGUCACUUUCUGGUAAAAUUCCGACCGGCCAUUUCAAUGAUGCUUUUGAGUUUACAGGUGUUUGGCAGAAAGAUGCAGCAAAUACAAAAACUCUUGCUUUUGAUGGUGUCUACAUCACACUAUGUGAUAUAGCACUUGAGAAAACCCAGGUUGUUCUUCAAGAUUAUGUAAAAAACGCAGUCCCUUCAUCCUGGGAUCCGGCUGCACUGGCGAGGUUCAUUGAGAAGUAUGGAACCCAUGUUAUAGUUGGUGUGAAAGUAGGUGGAACGGAUAUAAUCUUUGCAAAGCAGCAGUACUCGUCUACUCUCCAGCCUGCUGAUGUACAGAAAAAAUUGAAGGAGAUAGCAGACAAGUUUUUCAGUGAUGGAGUUGGACAUUAUAGCACAAAUAAUGUGAGAUUUCAUGGGAAGGAAAAGGAGAAUGAGUUACCUCUCAUGAACAUUCGAUCUCGUUCGUACUCCGAAUUAGAGGUGCAAGAUAUAAAGUUCAUGUGCAGGAGGAAAGGUGGAAGUGGGAAAAAUAACUUGUCCCAUAAGGAAUGGUGUCAAAGUGUUUUAUCUCAGCCUGAUGUUAUCUCAAUGUCAUUCAUACCAAUUACAUCUCUACUUAAUGGAAUAAAUGGAAGUGGAUUUUUAACACAUGCCAUUAAUCUAUAUCUUCGGUAUAAACCACAAGUUGAAGAACUGCAUCAAUUUCUAGAGUUCCAACUUCCAAGGCAAUGGGCCCCUGUAUUUGGUGAGCUUGCUCUUGGUCCUGAAAGGAAGCCAAGAUCUACUGCAUCUUUGCAAUUCAGUUUCAUGGGUCCAAAGCUUCAUGUAAACACAGCAAUGGUUGAUGUUGGCAAGAAGCCUGUGACAGGCCUUAGAUUGUAUUUAGAAGGAAAGAGAAGCAACCACUUGGCUAUCCACUUGCAGCACCUUUCCUCCAUGCCAAAGACCUUCCAACUUCAAGAUGAUCUCGAUGGGAAUGUAUCCGAUCACUCUGCGGAACGCAAGUACUAUGAGAAGGUCCAGUGGAAGAGUUUCUCGCAUGUUUGCACGGCCCCUGUCGAAUCCUAUGAAGACAAUUCGGUAGUGACCGGAGCACAUUUAGAAGUUAGAGAGACUGGUUUGAAGAAAGUUCUGUUCCUAAAGCUCCAUUUCUCUAGAGUUAUCGGAGCAACGCGCGUGAAAGCUCCAGAGUGGGAAGGAUCUCCUGGUUUGAAUCAGAAAUCCGGAAUAGUCUCUACUUUGAUCAGUACUCAUUUCUCAACCGUGCAAAAGCCGGCGCCACCACGACCGUCUGAUGUAAUAGUUAACUCUGCAUUGUAUCCUGGCGGCCCUCCAGUGCCUACGCAGAUGCCAAAGCUUCUGAAGUUUGUUGACACAACAGAAAUGACAAGAGGGCCACAAGACCCCCCUGGAUACUGGGUUGUGUCUGGUGCAAGGCUUCUAGUGGAGAAGGGUAAAAUAUCACUCAAAGUGAAAUAUUCUCUUCUAACUGUGAUAUUACCUGAUGAAGAGACUCCAAGUUAUUGAAAAUAAAAUGACAAAGGAGAAAGAUGUUUAUAUGAUUGAUGUAGUUUUUUAUUCUUUUAUAUUGUACAUGCAUAUUCUCUAUUCAUUAGAGCUUACUAGUUGAUGUUUGCCAUUAUUUGUGCAAAUCUUUGUUGGGAAUCCUUGAUGUGGUUUACUUUUGAGAGAAGCUUCUGUGGUGUCUUUGGCAUUAAGGACUGCCUCACCAUUUAUUUGUUUGAUCCUUAUAUUUGCUAUAUAUGUAAUGGUAGUUACUAGUUAGGUAAAGCAUUUUUUUGAAGUGAUUACUGAUUAUUCUAAGAUUCAAAUUUGUAAUGUUAGAAGUAAAGUUUAAGUUAAGUUCAUGUCUUUUUGCCA